AUUUGUUCAAAGAAAAGAAAGAAAAGGAAUAAUAUUUUAGUGGAAUAUGGCGACUUUGUUCCAACAAUACACACCAUUGAUUUUAUGCAGACAAUACCACUGCUACCAAAGCACAUUUGCCGAAGCGCUCAGAUCCAAGAGGAUUUACUGAAGCGAGUAUCCGCUGUGCACGAAAGACUGAAAGGUAUGCAACCAAGCUAUGCGGCACUACUGUACAUUGUGGAUGCGCAGCAGUGCGAGGGCUAUGGAGAAGAAUAUUUCAGUGGCAAGGAUGAGGACAGCACAGAAGUUAAAAUUGGAUAUUCUCAGGAAGGUAUUGUUGUGAAAGGAAUUUAUGGCGCACCAAUUAAACACAGGAUUGCUCAACUGUCUAUUACUCAUAGUUAUUUUUUCAAAUUUCUUUGUCAUAAGCUUAAUCUCACUGGCAAAAAAAAAGCGGAGUUGUUCAACUGUAGCCCCAGUGAUACAGCAUUCAUCUGCUAUAUCAAGGAUAUACAGGCAGUGAAGCGAUAUCUGAAUGUUCGACUUCGUAACAGUACUUUGGUUCGAUUUACCAUGGAAGAUGCAGAAAUGGCACGUUAUGUAACAAUGGUUAUGAUGUGGCAAUUUCGAUAUGCAACAAACGAGGCAAUCGUUGAGAAAAAUUCCCCGAUGAAGUGA